AUGGAGAGACUGAUGGGGUCAAUGGUAUAUUUUAUAAUAUGGUUGUUGGUGAAAGUAGUGUGUCGCAGGAAUAUAGUCAUGUCCAAUAUGAUAGAGUUAAUGAUAUGGUUAAUGAUGCUUUUGGCUUCGAUCGGGUUUGAACCUGAGCAAAAUUUUGAGGAACCUCCUAAUGAAGAAGCAAUGCGCUUCUAUCAAGAAUUAGAAGAGGCUAGUCGUCCACUUUGGGUAGGGAGUCAGCAUUCUAAGUUGUCUGUUGCAGUUAGAAUGAUUAACAUCAAAUCAAAUUGGACUGUUGCUGAAGCUGCUAUGGACUCAAUGAUUAAGCUUGUAGGGAAACUAGUUAGUCCGGAAUUCGACAUACCUAAGAGUUACUAUGAAGCAAAGAUAUUGGUUUCCAAAUUAGGAUUGUCGUAUGAUAGAAUUCAUUAUUGUCCAAACGGUUGUAUGUUGUUCUAUAAGCAAGAUGCUGAUUUAAAUGAAUGUAAAUUAUGUGGACAUGCGCGUUAUAAGCGGACACUUAGUGGGAAGAUGGUUCCAAUUAAGGCGAUGCAUUAUUUACCUAUUAUACCAAGGUUAAAGAGGUUGUUUACAUCACCGAGUUCUGCUCCUCACAUGAGAUGGCACAGCGAAAAUAGAAGGCCACCUGGUGUAGUGACAUAUGAUGUAUCAACUAAGAGCAAUUUCAAUAUGCGUGCUUCUUUGAUGUGGACUAUUAACGAUUUUCCUGCGUAUAGGAUGUUGUCUGGUUGGAUGACUGCUGGAAAGCUUGCUUGUCCUUAUUGCAUGGAAAAUAGUAAAGCUUUCACUUUAAAACAUGGCCAUAAAAAUUCAUGGAGAAGAAAUUUGGGGAGGGUUUGUCACUUGCCUAAGGUCACAGAAGUUGCCCUUUAUAGACUACCUGGUUAUGGUGUUGAACAUAAUUGGACUAAACAAAGCAUAUUCUGGGAGUUACCGUAUUGGAAGUAUAAUCUUCUACGGCAUAAUCUUGAUAUGAUGCAUAUUGAAAAAAAUUACUUUGAUAAUUUGUUCAACACUGUUAGCGAUGUUAAAGGCAAGACAAAAGAUAACCCAAAAGCUAGAUUGGACCUAAAGGAAUAUUGUAGGCGCCCUGAAUUGAACUUGCAAGAGUUAGCGAAUAAUAAAGUGCAAAAAAUUGGCUAA